AUGCAGCGCUUCUUCUUCCCCCGAAGCAAGUCUCAGUCUCACCGCAGGUCCUCGUCUCAAGGCCAGACCGCUAGCAGCAACACACAAAACAUAUUUUGCAGCGCAGGAUAUCCCCAUCGAUGUGGCCAACAAAACUGUGGUCAUAGCAGCAGCAGUAGGAGCCGUCGGCAUUCUUUGAGCUCCGGCCCUUCCUAUGUCACCUUCAACGAGCUUCUCGACGAGGUCAAGCAGACCAGCCCGUUCAUCACGCGGCCCUCGGUCGACUUGCCUCCAGGGCCGGGGCCCCUCUCUGGCGACAGACCUGGCCCGAUACCGCUUGACACCAGCAUUCAGAUGACCGUAAUUGACGAUACAGUUACCGAAGGCCGCGCCCUCUUCUACAUUAUGACGUGUUCGCUGGACGAUCUGGACCGCGUUCUUUACUCCUUAUGCCCCAGUGACAAGACCAUCAAGUUCAGCACUAUCGGCGUCCCCUCCAUUAACCUGUGCUCAACUAAGGCUCUUGACGACUUUGUGCGUCAUGGAUAUUCUGUCACGCUCGAGAUUUGCUGGAAAACCCCAUUCUCCUAUCGAUAUCACUGA